CAUCAACUCAGGGAGACUAAUACUCUGGCAAUCUUUCGCAGUUGGUGCAUAUCAUUAUUGAACCCUCUCUCCCGCGUUGUGAGAAUGGAGGGAACACGGAGACCCGCAGUCUCAACCAGGAGAACGAGACAAACAGCGAGAUUGGACGAAGCAGCGGUCGCCUCCUCAGGACCAUCUCAAACCACAAAUAAUGAUCCGCACUCUGUUAUCAUAGAACCUGAAUACAGUAGUACAGGCAUGAUGGUGGAAGGCCUGCACAUUCUUCCAGAAGUUCUCCAUGUCGGCCUCAAACUCAAACACUUGAGGAAGAAAAGCAUCCAGCUGCUCUUGAAGAAGCGUCAACUAUUGGUGGAGACACCACUCGAUGUCCCAGAAGACAUGGAAAAAAAAGGUCUAGCCUCCUCAGUCAUGGCAACCUUGGUCUUUGCCCAGGAGGAAGCAGGCACAGCGGUCUGCAUCUCACCCAAGGGCAUUCUUCUCACUUGCUCCCACUGCAUCGCCGAGACCAUAGACGACUUUGACGGUUCCAAAAGCCACUGGCUUCUCUUCGCUUCAGGCCAAGUAGUCGAAGCCAGAGCUCUAGCAUGGGACGGCAGAAGAGACCUGGCCCUAUUGAAAGUUACCUCAGCCCAACAACCUCCUCCGCCUUCAGGACCGACAUCAUCACCACCGCACCCAGGGGGAAGCGAGGACUUCGAGGCGGCUGUCCCGGGAACAAAGACGGACUACGACGUUCUUCACCUCAGCACCGGCACGUUCAGGGGUUGCGCCGAGGGCCAGGACCCGCAGGACAACUCGGAUAUCGGGGCGCUGAUGCAUUCAUGCUGGACGUACUGGGGUCAUAGCGGCGCGCCGCUGGUGGACAGGAAGACGGGGACGCUCGUUGGGCUUCAUUCAUCAUGGGAUGAUGAGACGGGGAUGCGGAGGGGAGUUGCGUGGGAGGCUAUAUCUGGGUUUCUGGAGGAGAAUAAGCGUUAUUUGUGAUAUUUGGGUGUCAAGUCUUCUCAGUGUGUAGAUACCUCUCUUCCCCCGGGUUUUGGUGUAAGGUACUUUUACACAGACACAUCAUAUAUUGUCUAGAGGCUCUGGUCUGCAUACAAAAUAUGGCAAGAGGGUAAAGGUAGGAAGGUCGUUCUGGCCUCUUUACUUUAUAGUGUACCUGUCGUCCUUUCCGACUCUUACUUCCAUGAUUGAUUCCUUCCUCAUCCGAAGUGUUCUUUCUUCCAUCGCAGACAAAUUCUACCCUCACAAUUGAGUACCCAAAACAUCUGAAACCUCUAUACUCCUACACCUAGAUCUUGUGCUUUCCAUGAUCACCAACACAAACCCACGCUCACAUAAGUCGCCUAUCGAUUGCAUGCGAGGCUUCUAGCUUCAACAAACCCACAUCAUAUGCUCGAAUACUCUGCUCAAACACUAACAAUCGAAUCCCUCUCCUCUUGUGUUUGCUCAAAGAACC